AUGAAGACUUUUACUGUUGCCGUUACUUCUUUCCUGGCAGUUGCUGGCCUUGUUACAGCCAUCCCUAUGCCUCAGGACCUCGAAGGCGUCAACACGGCGGCUCCGCUUAUCGCAGCCGUCGACAAAGGGCUUAGACAAGGCGGUCCUGUUGCUGCAGCUAAUACAGGACAAUCAAUGGCUGAUCCAGGAGUCGCGGCUAAGACCUUAACGAAUGUGCUUGGUGGCACUAUGAGUAGCCUCGAAGAAUCUGCAGACGCUGCCCCUUCUCAAAAUCGAAACAAUGCGCCGCAGUUUCAAAGCACAGGUAAUCAAGCGGAAGAUCUCGCGAAAAUCUUGGGCGGCGAAAGGAAGUAA